AUGGCAGCGGCCGGUUCAAGCCGGAGCUUCAGCGGAUCCGUACAGCAGAACAAAGCUAGAAUCACGGCUUUGAACAGACCAUUCGAACAGCAUGAGCUUGACUGGGCAAGCAGUAGGAAGAGUAAGAAUGAUCGGCACAGAGGUAAUGAUCUAAAGCCUUGGAAGGGUAAAGGUUCGAGCAGUAAUAUAAGGAAAGUCGGUCGUAUUACCUUCGACGACCGUUUCCAGUCAGCAUUAAGGGAGGCCUCAGAUAUCGUCCGAAAAGGACUCGAACAGACAAAAACAGAGCUCGCCUGCUGGAAUAAAUUUUUUACCUCCAUUGCCCACUCUUGCGAAAGUUCUAUUUUUGAUAAUGAUGAUGAGGCGCAUUUUGGACAUAGGUUCAUUUUACGACGAACAUUCGGGAAGCUGGGGCGUGACGGAAUUGUGGAACAUUUACAGAGACAGUACCGGAACUACAAGCUUGACAGCACAUUCUCAUCAACGGCCGCUGAACGGGACUCAUUAGCGGACUUUAGGUUUCCUGCUGAAUGGUACCCUGUUGCCCGAAGCAUGCAGAGGAAGAUCCAUUUGCACGUUGGGCCUACAAAUUCGGGGAAAACUUACCAUGCUCUGCAAAGGUUGGAGAAGGCAAAGAGUGGCUUCUAUGGCGGCCCACUACGUCUUCUCGCACAUGAGAUUUACAGUCGGCUUAACAAGAAGGGCAUAUCGUGCGCUCUAAUCACCGGUGAUGAAGUUAGAGUGCCGGAAGGUGACCCAGUAAAGAUUUUCAGCAACACCGUCGAGAUGGUUCCUAUUGGCCAAGAGGUUGAAGUCGGAGUGAUCGAUGAAAUUCAAAUGAUUGCAGAUCCACAUCGAGGAUGGGCCUGGACAAGAGCUGUUUUAGGCUGCCAGGCUCAAGAGCUACAUCUUUGUGGCGAAGAAAGGGCUGUUCCGCUUAUUCGACGUCUCGUGUCCCUGAUGGGCGAUACCCUUGAGAUCCAUAAUUAUAAGCGACUGAAUCCCCUGAAGACAAUGGCUUCAAGCUUAAAAGGUGACAUUAAACGUCUUGAGAAGGGGGAUUGCGUUGUAGCAUUUUCUCGUGUUGGGAUACAUUCCCUUAAACAGGAGAUUGAAAAAACUACUGGCCGGAGAGCCGCAAUCGUUUAUGGAAGCUUACCAGCAGAGAUUCGUGCUCAACAGGCCGAUUUGUUCAAUGAUCCCAACAACGACUACGACUUCCUUGUUGCGAGCGACGCUAUUGGUAUGGGGUUGAACUUGAGCUGCAAGCGAAUUAUCUUUGAAUCAGUGAUGAAACGACUGCCCACAGGCAUCCAACGACUUUCAAUAUCUGAAGUCAAACAAAUAGGUGGGCGAGCGGGAAGAUAUCGCAGUGCAGCUCAACCAUCCAACUCCUCCAAGAAUGACGAUAAAGAAAAUGUUGGCCUUGUAACGUGCCUUGACGAGGCCGACCUUCCUUAUAUCCGAGCUGCUAUGAUGGCUGAGCCUCAACCUCUAGAUGCCGCAGGGAUCCUUCCUUUAGAUUCUGCAAUCGACAACUAUUCCAACAUGUUCCCUCCCGAUACCCCGUUUGGUUAUGUUUACCAGCGCCUUGAGCGUGUUGCUCGCACUGAUUCACCUUUCUUUAUGUGUAAAAUCCAAGACACAGAGGCGACCUUCGGUCUCCUUGAUAACAUACAGGGGCUUAACGCAAUAGAUAAAAUGGUAUUUAUGAGCGCCCCUCUACGCGCUACUGAUCCUGUCAUGGCACGAGUUAUCAGAGCAUUUGCGGAGUGCGUUGGUCAACAAAAGAGUGGGGGCCUUCUCGAUAUACCAGAGUUGGAUCUCGAGAUUUUGGAUAAACCAGUCUCGGGAGAUGAUAAGGAAUACCUGCGAUCCUUAGAAGCCCUCCAUCGGUCUCUUAUUCUCUAUCUCUGGCUUGGAUACAGAUUUGGAGGCGUAUUCACAGACAGAACAUUGGCUACACAUGCUAAGGAAAUGGCGGAGGUGAAAAUGGAUCGCACCCUGACAGAAUUCUCGGCAAAUUCGAAACUCCGGAAACAAGCUCUUAGGAAAAAACGACUCAAGGGAGCAAAGGAUAAGUUCCUGGCUAGCUAUGGCGCAGAACCGACAGGCGUCACGGACACAAUUUCAGAUACCCCGGAACUAGAAGACCCUGGAAGUGAGCUAGGGGCUGAACAAUCUGGUCCUGCUUCAAGAGGGAUUGGCUUGAGUUCACCUGUACAUUUGGGCGAGCAAACGGCCACUAGUGUGUCCUAA